AUGCUUAUAUCCUGGGUGUACAGUGAAACCACUGCACUUGUCCAACGAGUUGAUGCUAGCUGUCGGUUUGCUACUGAUGAACAUCCUGCACAAAUAAAGAAGGACCUUCCUGAUCAAACUUCGCAGUGCGUGAAGAGUUCUGAUCAAGAUAUCUUCAUGCUGUCAUACCACUGGAAUCAUAGGCACGGAAGAGUUCGAUUAGAAGAGAAGCAGUUAAAACGAGAAUUAUCAAGUGUACCAAUGCCUCCAAUCGAUGGCGUAUUAAACGAUGGAGUCACCGCUGAUGCUGUAUUCAAGUCGGCAUGUGAAGAACGUGCUUUAAUCGCAUAUACUCAGUACAGUAACGAUAUCACAGAAGCUUUGGCAUUGUUCUCAAAAUAUGACGUGGUCGUGAAAGCAGUGCGGGUAAGUGAUUGUACAGCUAAUACCAUACUGGAAAUAGUGGAAUGGCCUUCGAUGCCCCUUGUUUUUAUCAAGGGAGACUGCUGUGGAAGUUUAAAAGAACUUCAUCACCACGAAGCAAAAGGUACCUUAAGUGAAUGGUUGAAAGAACAUCAGUAUGAUCUUGCAGUCAUUGGUGGUGGUUCUGGUGGUUUAGCAGCAGCAAAAGAAGCUGCUCGUUUGGGCAAAAAAGUGGUUUGUAUGGAUUAUGUCAAACCAUCGACGAUAGGCACAACUUGGGGUUUGGGUGGAACUUGUGUUAAUGUGGGCUGUAUACCAAAAAAGCUGAUGCAUCAAGCAGCACUUUUGGGGGAAUAUAUAGAAGAUGCAAAAAAGUAUGGCUGGGAAAUACCAGAAGGUGAAAAAGUAUUGAACUGGGACAAACUGAAAAAUGCUGUACAAGAUCAUAUUGCUUCAUUGAACUGGGGAUACCGAGUUCAGUUAAGAGAGAAAUCGGUGACUUAUUUGAAUUCUUAUGCCUCUUUUGCUGGUUCCCAUCAAUUAAAUUUGGUCAACAAGAAAGGAAAAGUUGAAAAAGUAACUGCCGAUCGUGACGAUUUGUUUUCAUUGCCAUAUAAUCCCGGGAAAACUCUUUGUGUUGGCGCAUCAUACAUUUCAUUAGAAUGUGCAGGAUUUCUCCGAGGUAUUGGCAAUGAUGUUACGGUUAUGGUAAGAUCAAUUUUGUUACGUGGUUUUGAUCAAGAUAUGGCAGAACGCAUUCGCAGACAUAUGUUAGAGCUUGGUAUUAAAUUUGUUCAAAGCGUACCGGUAAAGUACGAAAAGUUGGAAGAGCCUACAAAUAAUAAACCGGGUUUGAUCAGGGUUCAUACGAUUCAAGAACGUGAAGAUGGUAUUAAAGAAGAAGUUGCAGAAGAAUUCAAUACUAUUCUAAUGGCCAUUGGACGAAAUGCCGUCACCCAUGAUCUUGGUUUGGAAGUAAUUGGGGUAGAUCGAACAAAGUCGGGGAAAAUCAUAGGAAGAAGAGAACAAAGUGUUAGCUGUCCAUAUGUGUAUGCUGUUGGUGAUAUUUUGGAUGGUUGUCCGGAGCUUACGCCUGUUGCAAUACAGGCAGGUAGAGUUUUGAUGCGCCGUCUCUGUACUGGGAAUUCCGAGCUUACAGAGUACGAUAAAAUACCGACGACAGUAUUCACACCGUUGGAAUAUGGCUGUUGUGGAUUAUCGGAAGAAGAUGCGAUUCAGAAAUAUGGAGCAGAUAAUAUCAACGUAUAUCACAAUGUGUUUAUUCCGCUUGAAUAUACCAUUCCAGAACGGAAAGAAAAUUCACAUUGUUACUGCAAAUUGGUCUGCCUGAAAAAUGAGCAAGACUUAGUUCUCGGUUUUCAUAUACUGGCACCAAAUGCAGGUGAGAUUACGCAGGGUUUUGCAUUGGCAUUCAAAUUCAAUGCUAAAAAGUCCGAUUUUGAUCGAUUAAUUGGCAUUCAUCCUACUGUCGCUGAAAAUCUGACUACGAUUACAAUUUUGAAAGAAGAUGGACAAGCCUUGAAAGCUACAGGUUGCUGA